AUAUAUAUAUAUAUUGUGAUAAAGCGAAUAUACCUGCCAUUUCUCAAUUUGAUUCUUCCCUCAAGCUCCCUUUUUGUCCGAACUCAUCGCUCCACAGUCUACCCUUUUCUUCUUGCAAGCAGGCUUUACCCAGAUUGUAGUUCUUAAGAUAGAUUUGCAUAUUUUGGUGCCUAACCAAACACUGUUGUUAGGUUUCAAAGGAAAGGACAGGGGGAAUAUUCAUAAAACAAGGGUUAUCAUCCAUUAUGGCACAUUUACUUUCAACUUCUUGCUCCUUAAAGUUGUCCUCUAGCUGCAGAUCUUACCCUCAAGCAUUGAACGGGUGCCCAAAAACAUGUUCUACCUUUUUUACACUGCAAACUUCAAAAUCUUCUUUUAGAAGGCUCGUCUUCCGAGGAGAGAGACCAAAAAGAAGUUUUAUUGUCCAAGCAGCUGCAGUGCCUGUAACCCAAGAAGCUCCAACACAAUCGAGCUCCAAUUCCCACCAGACCUCUGGUGAACCAUCCAAGCCAAGGCGGGUUAUGGUCAUUGGUGGAGAUGGCUACUGUGGUUGGGCCACUGCCCUCCACCUAUCCAACAAAGGUUAUGAGGUUGCUAUAGUUGACAGCCUCAUCCGUCGUCUUUUUGACCACCAACUUGGUCUAGACUCUCUGACCCCUAUCUCUUCCAUCCACAACCGGCUACGUUGUUGGAAAUCACUCACUGGAAAAACUAUUGAACUCUAUAUUGGUGAUAUUUGUGACUUUGAAUUCUUAUCAGAAACAUUCAAGUCAUUUGAGCCUGAUGCUGUUGUCCAUUUUGGGGAACAGCGCUCAGCCCCUUAUUCAAUGAUUGAUAGGUCUAGAGCUGUUUUUACUCAGCACAACAAUGUGAUCGGAACACUUAAUGUUCUCUUUGCUAUAAAGGAAUUUGUAGAGCAGUGCCAUCUGGUGAAGCUUGGGACAAUGGGAGAGUAUGGAACACCAAACAUUGAUAUUGAGGAGGGUUAUAUAACUAUUACCCAUAAUGGAAGAACAGACACUUUGCCUUACCCUAAGCAAGCCAGCUCUUUCUACCAUCUUAGCAAGGUACAUGACUCAAAUAAUAUAGCCUUCACUUGCAAGGCUUGGGGAAUUAGAGCUACCGAUCUAAACCAAGGAGUGGUUUAUGGAGUGAGGACUGAUGAGACAGAGAUGCAUGAAGAACUUUGCAACAGGUUUGAUUAUGAUGGAGUAUUUGGAACUGCAUUGAAUCGGUUUUGUGUCCAGGCUGCUGUUGGACAUCCACUUACUGUAUAUGGGAAAGGGGGCCAGACCAGGGGCUACCUUGACAUAAGGGAUACAGUUCAGUGUGUGGAACUUGCCAUUGCCAACCCUGCAAGACCUGGAGAGUUUCGGGUCUUCAAUCAAUUUACUGAGCAGUUUUCUGUCAAUGAACUUGCUUCCCUUGUAACAAAAGCGGGAGAGAAGCUUGGUCUGGAUGUGAAAACAAUAUCUGUGCCCAAUCCACGAGUAGAGGCAGAAGAACAUUACUACAAUGCCAAGCACACUAAGCUUAUUGAGUUGGGACUCAAACCACACCUUCUUUCAGACUCUCUUCUUGACUCAUUGCUUAACUUUGCUAUAAAGUUCAAGGAUCGUGUUGAUGCUAAACAGAUAAUGCCCGAUGUUUCAUGGAGAAAAAUUGGUGUUAAGCCAAAGACUGUUGCAGCAUGAAUAAAUAAACAUAUGUGAGGGACUUACACUACAAAAAAUCAUCAUCAAGCUUGAUCUUCUGUCAUUUCUCCUUAUCUUCUAUGGCAGAUGAUACUGCUUUUUUAACUUUCACUAAAUGCUAUGCUUAGUUUUUAUUAGUUGUAAUAUAUACAUGUUAAUUAGUGAACAGUUUUUAUUAGUUGUAAUAUAUACAUGUUAAUUAGUUAACAUAUCUAUGGAAUUCUCAAGUUUGACAUUUUA